AUGACGAUCUCCAGAAACAAAGAUGAUUUGAAGAUCUUUACACCCAUCGGAAUGCUCGACUAUGGCUUCAACGAAGAUCUCCUUUGGAAAGCGCUCGAGGAAGGCGCUGAUGCAUUCAUCGCCGACAGUGGACCACAGAAGCUCACCCUAGGCCAUACAACCGUGACUAGAGAGGGCUACGAACACGAUCUCGAUCUUCUUCUCGCAGCGUGUCAUGUACAUCGUUUUCCUAUCCUCGUUGGUUCUGCCGGCGGUGAUGGAGCAAAUGGUCAUGUUGGUCUCUUUGUUGAGAUCAUGAGGGAUCUCAUAUUAAAGAAAGGCUAUCGUGCAAUGAAAAUUGUCAGUAUCUAUUCAGAAGUCGACAAAAGUCUGGUGAAAUCAAAGCUGGACUGUGGCCAAGUUGUCCCCUGCAGCAAAGCGGCCCCGUUGCUCAAGUCGUCCAAUAUUGACGAUACCACGCGAAUCGUUGCGCAAAUGGGACUAGAGCCUUAUGUGAAGGCCAUGGAAAAAAAUCCUGAUUUUGAUAUCAUCGUCGGGGGUCGUACAUAUGACCCGUCACCAUACGCUGCAUUCUGCAUCUAUCGCGGCUUUCCCGAUCUUGGUAUCGCAUAUCAUAUGGGAAAGAUUAUGAAAUGCGGGGCCUUGUGCGCUUUCCCGAAGAGCCAAUCUGCAAUGGCCACUUUACGAAAGGGCAGUUUCGACAUAGUUCCCCUCGACCCUGCAGCACGUUGCAGAGUCACUUCGUUUGCCGCUCAUACAUUGUAUGAAAAGACACAACCAGAUAUUUUGGUUGGCCCGGGUGGAACCCUCUACCUUGAACACGCAACUCAUAAAGUCCUGGAAGACAAUCGUACUGUCCGCGUACGUGGGGACAAGUUCGUCGCGGCAGAUCCUUACACAGUCAAGCUCGAAGGGGCUCGGGUGCUAGGAUACCGAACUACCUUUUUUGGCGCUAUCCGGGAUCAUAUAUCGAUCUCGCAGUUAGAUCAAGUUUUGAGCAACAUCCAGGCAUAUGUGAGGAGCAGAUUCUCCCACGAGUUCUAUUUGAGAUUUCAUCAAUAUGGCAAAAACGCUGUCAUGGGCGAGCUUGAGCCCAAUUUAAAUGUUCCAAAAGAGAUUUGCCUCUGUGGAGAGGUGCUAGCUCCUACGCAGACUCAAGCAACACAUGUUAGCAACAUUGCGCGACUCGCCUGUAUCCAUGGGCCAUAUCCAUAUCAACUAGCGACAACUGGCAAUUUUGCAAUGCCCUUUCCGCCCUAUGAUAUUCCAAUGGGAGAAGUAUGCGAGAUUUCGGUCUAUCAUAUUCUCGAGAAAGUCGAUCCUGUGAAGCAUUUUCCAAUCCAUCACCGGCUUUUACCAGGCACCGGAACCUUCGUGACAGAACUUGCGAAACUUGCAGUGGAUGGAAAAUCCGGCUCACUGUCUUCGAAGGCAGCUGAAAUGAUGACCAGGAGCCUUGAGAAAAGGCCAUUUCUCAAGCUCAAUCCGCUAGAGGGAUAUCGCUACUUAGGUGAUAUCGCAUCUGUCAUUCGCACGAAGAAUGCUGGGCCCUACGAGCUGACUAUGUAUGCGAUGUUCGACAACGACGAUCUCUUCGAGAGGGUUAAGAAGAGCGGUGUCCUCUGUCUUGAGUCUAUCUCAGAACUAUAUGGAGUUUCUCAAGAGGAAGUUUUGGCCUGCUUGUUUUGGGACCAAGCUCGAUGUUUCAAAGCGACUAUCAAGAGACCUUUUGUGUCUGGUCAGUUUGGGGACAUCGACAUGCAUGGCUCUCAACAGCAUACUCCUCUCAUGUAUAUUAAAGUUCCGAUUGGCAGAUAUUGCAUUGAAGCAAAUAUUAGAUGA